AUUUAACAGGAAACCAGAGUUGUAAGUGCUCAGCAAGGACCACGCAAGCUUCCUUGACGAACGUUCAGGGACAUGCUCCCGCUUAACCUAAUAGGCCCCAAAGGGGUUGCAUGCAAAGCAGCUUCAGGCCACGGCUCGCGCCGGUGCAGCGGUCCCUCGCGGGCGACGCGCGCGUGCUGUGUCGUCCGCGCAUCUGAUACUAGCGACGAGGCCCCCAGCACCUCUGCAUCAUGCAACGAUGGAAUUGUCGCUGAGUCAACUUGGACUGGAAGGCUUGCACGGAUGCAGCACGCGACGUCUCGGCGCGCACAUCGCGCUUCGACGCUGGUGGAUGAAGAUGCUUGUAGUUCGGCAUCCGGGGUCUUCUCGCGGUUCGUCAACGGCGCUAUCGCGACGCUGGGCGCAGCUGUGAUUGUUUCGAGCAGCGUGAUGCUUCCGGCAGGACCAGCAGAGGCACUGCUGAGCAGCCCGAACGCGCAGAUCGCUCGGAGUGUGGACGCCGCGCUCCGCCGCGCCAUCCCGGCCUUCAACCCCGAGGUAAAGAAGAUCCAGCGCAGUCUGGAGGAGGUGCAGUACCUGCUGCGCAUUCCACAGCGCAAGCCCUGGGCCAGCAUGGCGGAGAGUGUGACGGAGGCACUGGACGUGUCGCAGCGACGCGAAGUCAUGCUGGCGGGCCUGUCCGCCGCCGCCGUGCCCACCGCGGAGCCGCUGCUGAACUCGCUCUCGACGUCGCUUCGCAAACUGGAGCUAGCGGUCAAGACGCAGCAGCCGGACGCCGUGGCCCUCAGGGUCAGCGACGCGCUCAAAGCUGUGGCCGAGCUGGAGUUGUUGCAGGCGCCCGGGCUGCCGUUCCUCAUUCCCAAGGAGUACGCAUCGCUUCCGCGGCUGGUGGGCCGGGCGGUGGUGGAGCUCACGUUUGAGAAGCGGGACGGCUCGCUCGGCUUCCUGGACCCGGUGGCGGGCGGCCCCGCCAAGCGCGCCACGCUGCGGCUGACGCUGGACGGCUACAGCGCGCCGCUGAGUGCGGGCGCCUUCCUGCGCAAUGUGAAGGAGGGGCUGUACGACGGCAGGUCCAUCAACGCGAACUACACGAGUGUGCUGGUGACGGCGCCGGAGGGCAAGACGCAGCCCCCCGUGCCUCUGGAGAUCAUGCCGCUGGGCGAGUUCGAGCCGCUGUACCGACUGCCACUGGACGUGCAGUCGGGCGAGCUGCCGGUGCUGCCGCUCUCCAUCAGCGGGGCAGUCACCUUCGCGCGGCUGCCCACCACCGACUCGUACCUGUCGGGCACGGACUGGUUCGUGUACAAGUUCGAUAAGCAGCAGGCGGGCCUGGGCGGACUGGCGUUCGACGAGGGGCAGUUCGGCGUGUUCGGGUAUGUGACGGAGGGCUUGGAGGGCGUGUUGCCGCGCCUGGCGCCCGGGGACAUCAUCGUGGAGGCCAAGGUCGUCAGCGGCGGCGACAAGCUGGUGGUGCCCUGAGCCGGUGGUGCCGGGAGCGCAGAGGGCGGACGCCGGGGGAGUUGCGGCUCGGGGGUCACAAGCACGCCGGAGGCGUGUGAUGUGUUUGGGGUGGUGCGUCCCCAGACCUUGGGGUGUGUUUGGAAAGUGCGCUAGGCACUGUAAUCAGCGGUCGGUCCACCCCAAGUGUCAUGCCCUCGUGCAUGCGGUAUUGCGCAUGUGGGUUGGCGUCGUGGGGGUGUGCACUGUCAACGCGUCUUGGACGGUCUUGGACGGUGCGUUGCGUGCGUGAUUACCGAGGUGUUUGAGGUUGUGGUAGAGGUUCGGCUGCAGCAUCACUGGGCUGUUGCCUGUCAGGCUGUUACCGCGCUUCAAGUGCGGGCACGUGCCCUAAUCCCAGGUAUCGGCGACGUGCUACCCCAUGGCGCAGAUCUGGCCAUCUGGGAUACAGUUGCAACCUACAGGGCACGUUCGAGGACUCGGUGACUGUGAAGUGUAAUU